AUGGACUCCGUCAAAGGCAAAGUAUACGCCAUAACCGGGCUCAGCGGAAUCGGCCUAGCCGUAGCACGCCAACUACACAAGCAAGGAGCUCUCCUCGCCCUCGCCGACCUAAGCUCGCAAAUCCUCUCAGCAGCACGACAAAUAAUCGAAACCGACUCCAGUUCCUCCACAGCGUCGACAAUCACCACAACGGAAUUAGACAUCAGCAACGCAAGCGCCGUACAAGACUGGAUCGCCAGCACAGUCUCGCACUUCGGCCGACUGGACGGCGCAGCCAACAUGGCCGGCACGAUCGGCAAGAACCACGGCACUAGCAAAUUCGUCGACCAGGACGACGCCGAGUGGGAUAUGUUGAUGCGGGUUAAUGUCACCGGGUUGAUGUACUGUCUGCGCGCGCAGCUGCGGGCGAUUACGGCGACUGCGCCUGGGGGGAAGGGCAGUAUUGUUAAUGCGUCGAGUAUUCAGGGGAUUAAGGGGUUUGCGUUGCAUGCUGCUUAUUCGACUACGAAGCAUGCUGUUUCUGGGUUGACAAAGUCGGUUUCUAAGGAGGUGGGGCCGGGUAUUAGGGUUAAUGCUGUUGCGCCUGGUUCUAUUCAGACGCCUUUGCUGGACAUGGCGAAGGAGAUUCAGGGUGGGAUUAGUAUGCCACCAGCUAGUAUCCCGCGCAUUGGGACGGGCGAGGAGGUUGCUCAAACGGUUGUUUUUCUGCUCAGUGAUGCUUCGUCGUAUACGACUGGACAGAUUGUUAGUGUGGAUGGUGGUUGGGAAUAA